GCCACGACAAAGAGCGCUGCUCUGCGAGGAUAUAAGGCCCAAAUUGGACUAAAAAAAAAACAAAACUGGACUACCGUUUACUGGCCGACCUGUGUGCAUGCGUAAAGACGCACUUGGAGCUGGAUCUCACGGUUCUGCUUUGGAUUCGGGUAUCAGGUUCAGCAUGAACUCCUUGAAUUUCUGCGGGACGUCCGGCGGCGGCGUGUACCCCUUCCACGGAGUUAACUCCAUGCUGGUGGACCUGCGCCACCAGAUGGCGGAGCAGUACCACGCAUACUCUGCAGCAGGUCCCACAGUGCACACACUCACUGUGGCGGAGAGGCUGGCAGAGCUCAUCCUCGAGGCUCGCUAUGGCAACCAGCAGAAGCAGCGCCGCAGCCGCACUGCAUUCACAGUGUCGCAGCUGCAGGCUCUGGAGAAAGCCUUCCAGCAGACGCAGUACCCAGAUGUUGGCAUGAGAGAGAGGCUGGCUGUUUGUAUAAACCUGCCCGAGGCUCGCAUUCAGGUGUGGUUCAAGAACAGGAGGGCAAAGUUUCGUAAAGGUCAACGAUGCUCCCCUCUGUCCAGAGACCAGAGUCUGGAGGAAGCUCCACAUCACAGCAAAGCAGGACACGAGGACAUCAAGGCUAGAGACAAACAGGACAUCACCUUAUCAUGCGGUGACAGGAGCAUCCCACCGGCGCCUCCUCCUCCUCCUGAUGUGACCAAAAGCAGGGAUUUAGACUCUGACACCUCACAGUGCCCCCUACGACUUCCCUCUCCUCCGCUUUUCCCCUUCAUGGCAGGAGAGUGUUACAGUCACACACCUCACCAGCCAGUUGUAGGAGUGCUGUCCACUGAGCUCGCCUUCCCUCCGGUGUUCUGGCCCAUCAUACAGCAGCACAGCUCCACCCUCGGGAUUCCUACAUUGUCACUUACAAAAAACUGUAGCGUCUCCCUUCAGACUCCUUGCUCUAGUAAAGCAGUGCAACAUCCGUAUCUGGGGCUGUAAGUGAUGUGGACACCUGAAGCAGUCCUGUGAGAGACAAACCUGACAGCUGCUGAGAGUAUACGUUUAUAUUCUGUGAGUUUCACCUGUCUGCAUAAACGGAUGUAACACUCUGUACUUUCACAGUUCUUUUUUCCUAAUCUGCUCAGCGCUAUAUAGUUUGUUACACUGCUAAGUACUAGUAUUAGGAAUAGACAAUUAAAAAAAAUAGCAAAAGCAUUUGGGAAAAGUCAUUUUGUAACUGAGCACUGAAGCAUAGAAAUGUUAAAUAAAAUCACCGGCACCUGCUCUCUCUAUUAUUUAUUUUAGACUCAGAGUUCUCUUUCAAGAAAGGAUUAUGGUAUAGACCAUAGCCAGGAAAACAGUUGAACUAUUGGAAAUGAAGUGUGAGUAGCUUGGAAAGAAAAGCGACUGGACUUCUUUAAGUUCUUUCUGAACUAAACAAGCUUCACAGCUGAGAGGUGAAACAUCUUCAAGAAACUUAAAGAAGUCCAGUCGCUUUUCUUUCCAAGCUCCUUAGACUACCAUGGCCUGGGUGACUGAGAACCUACACAGACAUUUUGGAAAUGAAGUUAAAACUCUGAUAUUUCCAGUUGUUUAAAAAAAAGAAGCAAGUACAAAUACAAGCUCAUGUUGAGGUAUUCGUACUGUGAGAAUUUUAUGUAACUUUUAACUUCUGAUCCAAGAUUUUCAGCGCUUUUCACUCCACUACCUUUACUAGACAGUUUCAGCCACUUAUAUGUAAA